GGAUAAAGAGAUGGAGCCCAGCCUCCAGUCUCCAGCCAGCAAGCAGUCCAGGCGAGGAGGAGGGAAAGAAGCUAAAUUCUUCCGAAUGAAUUUUCUUAGCCGGUAUAUUUAUAUUAUCACUAUCUGCGAUGACGGUGCUCCGUAGUACCUGUUAGUGGUGAGGGAUUUAGGAUGUUCGGUACCCAGCAAUCAUGGCCAGAUGGAACUGAGCUCCAGGCUAAACUAGGAAGCAGUUCUUCAGCAGGACUUCCUGCGUCGGAUGGUCGAACACCGAUCAGCAAUCUUUCGGGAGGCGUAAACGAUGCCACUCUGGUCGGCAUUGUCCUCGCUAAGCAAGCCGUGAAAUCGUUCAUGGACAAGAAGAAUCCAGGAAAUGAACGGUGUUGCUUUACGUUCACCUUGCGGGACUCCCCGGUGGAUUACAUCAAUAUUACCUGUUGGGGAAGUUCGCAGUACAUCAAUAACUUGUCCAAGCAGUUCAAGCUCAAUGAUGUGGUUGAAGUGAGGAAUCCACAAGUAUCAACCAAGUCCAACAAUCCUAAUGAGGACAAAUGGCGCCCAUCUACACCUGGAGCUUUCCAGCUGUCAGUGAAUGAGAAUCACAGUGCAGUGGCACUAUACAGCGGUUGGAAUCUGGGCGAGUUCUCUGCAUUUGCGCAUGUACCGAUCAGUAACAACAGUGACUAUUACACCCUGGGUGACAUUGUUCUGGCCGGUGAUCGCAUCAACCAGCAGAUGGUCAACAUCUUAGCUGCUGUAAAGAAGGUUCAGCCAGUUCGACAAAUUACCACUCGCGGUGGACAGCAAAUGAAUUGCCGAGACGUUACCCUCUUUGACUCUACAAUACAAUCAUUUCAAUUCACACUGUGGAAUGAUGACUUGAUUGAGUUGGCAGACUCAUGGUCACCACAUGAAAAUGUGCUUUUUAUAACUUCCGCCAAAGUUGCAAUGAAUUCGUAUCGGAAUGAGAUGACAGCAUCGUCGGGGAUGAAAACCAUCAUUUUAUCCAAUCCUGAUACUGUGGAUGCCCAUGAAUUGUACCAAUUUGCCCAGUCUCAAGAGGUGGAAUCUGGCACAAGCAUGGAUACAACUGUCAUAUCAGAUGAAGUGUUCAGUAUUCAAGAGAUUGAAGAAGCCAUGAUGGACAAGAAGCGGAUAACUGGUCAUCUAGUGGCAGCAAUCACAGCUGUGAAUAUUGACGACACCGCUGACCAAAGCGCUUGCCUCUGCAGACGCUGCACCUCGUGUAACGGCAAGGUUCAGCCUCCAGAAGGAGACUGCCGGAAUCCCAAAUGUCAAGGUGGCUCCACAACUCAGCUGGACUUCAAUCUGCAGAUGACUCUUGCCGAUGCCAGUGGAGCAAUGGAGAGAUGUUUUCUGAUGAUGGGUGUAGCUGCAGACUUCCUUGGAUGCACAGCUGAGCAGUUUUCUGAAGCGGACAAUGCAUCAAGGACGGCACUAAAGUGGCAAUUUCUUCUGGAACAAGUGCGAGUGUCAUUUGUGGCCGUACCUCCAACUGACCGAUUCGGCCUGGCAACAUGUCGUAUUGCAUCGAUACAACUUGCAUGCUCGUGAAACGCUGCCACUUCUCACCAUUCUUCUCUGAACUUUAUCUGUAAACCCACUGGCUAUUUCGUCUGU